AUGCUUGCUCGAUGUUCAAUCAUUACAAAACGUGCUUUUUCAAAAGAUUUUCUAGCAACAAGAUGGAAAAGAGCAGAUCCAAAUAGAUAUUGGCGUGUUCAACAUAAGCUACCUACAGAUGAUGAAGAACAUGGUCCAUUAGCAGAUUUACCUGAUUAUUCUUAUCUGAAUAGUGAACCAUCGCAUUUAUCUGCAGUACAACGUAAAAAAUAUGAUUUCAAUGCAUCGGUUGUCCAUCGCAUUCAUGAGCUCGAUAGUGAAUUAAAGAGUGCAAAAAAAUUGUAUGCAAAGAAAAUCGAAUCAACUAUGGCUGAGUACAAUAAAACUGUUCAAAUAGCUCAACACAUUAAAACGCCAUCUUCAUCAACAAAAUCAACAAUUGAAUCGUUAGGUAGGAAACCAACACCGUCCAUUACUUAUCCUAAUGAGUAUUCAUUGCAACCAAAUUUACUCAAUGCUCUUCGUAAAACAACAACAUACAAUGAAGCUUAUGAAGAAGUUGUUGACCCUGUUGGUGCUAUUAUACCCGAUAAACUGAUGAAUACCGAACGUCCACCUUACAAACAUACUGGUGAACGACGGCGUUAUCAUAAAAUAUUUACACUUCGUACACCAAAACUUCGUAUGUUUCCUCGAUAA